UAACCCGUCAGCCUCUCGCUGGAGGACUGCAGUCGAGCUCGUGUAGAGAGAAGACAAAACACUUCGCUACUGGAAAGUAUUCCACAACUACAAUAACCGUUUGAAUCAGUGGUGACCAUUGUACACUGAAGCCUUGUCAUCAUGUCUGGUGGACCCGCGGUGAGGGUCAGCAUUGAGUCUACCUGUGAGAAGCAGGUGCAGGAAGUGGCCCUGGAUGGAACAGAAACGUACGUGCCCCCUCUUUCCAUGUCCCAGAACUUGGCAAAGUUGGCACAAAGAAUUGAUUUCAGCCAGGGAUCUGACUCUGAGGAAGAUGGGGUCGAGGGCGAACCAAGGGACCGCGAGUGGACCAAGCAGGAGCCGGAGGAAGAAGAAGGCACAGUGAAGUUUCAGCCAUCUCUUUGGCCCUGGGAUUCAGUGCGUAACAACCUGCGCAGUGCCCUGACCGAGAUGUGUGUGCUCCAUGACGUGCUAAGUGUGGUGAAGGAGAAGAAGUACAUGGCCUUAGACCCAGUGUCUCAGGAUCCAUCUGCUGGAAAGACCCCUCAGGUGUUCCAGCUGAUCAGUAAAAAGAAAUCAUUGGGCACAGCAGCGCAGCUUCUUCUGAAGGGAGCGGAGAAGCUCAGCAAGUCAGUAGCAGAGAACAUGGAGAACAGGAGGCAGAGAGACUUCAAUUCCGAGCUGCUGCGACUUCGUUCCCAGUGGAAGCUCCGCAAAGUGGGAGACAAGAUCCUGGGAGACCUCAGCUACCGGAGCGCAGGAUCCCUUUUUCCACACCAUGGCACGUUUGAGGUGAUCAAGAACACAGACCUUGAUCUGGACAAAAAGCUCCCAGAGGACUACUGUCCCCUCGAUGUCCAGAUCCCCAGUGAUUUGGAGGGAUCUGCUUAUAUUAAGGUAUCCAUCCAGAAGCAAGCUCCAGACAUCGGUGAUCUGGGAACCGUCACCUUGUUCCGGAGGCCGCCAAAAACAAAAGCCGGUACUCAACAGUGGCAUGUGAAGCUAGAGGCAGCUCAGAAUGUUCUGCUGUGUAAAGAGAUCUUCGCCCAGCUCUCCAGGGAGGCUGUCCAGAUUAAAUCCCAGAUUCCUCACAUUGUUGUAAAAAACCAGAUCAUCUCCCAACCGUUCCCAGGUCUGCAGUUGUCCAUCUCACUGUGCCACUCCACGGGAGAGAAGAAGAACCCCCGGGCGACUCCAGAUAAACCCAAACCAGAUGACCACCUUUACGUACUGGAACACAACCUGCAUCAGAUGAUGAGAGAGUUCCACAAGCAGCAGCUGAGCUCAGUGGUGAUGCCGCAUCCCGCCAGCGCGCCCUUUGGGCACAAACGCAUGCGCCUCGCAGGGCCGAUGGCCUACGACAAGGCCGAAAUCACCAGCUUGCAGCACAAUGAGGGGCUUCUCGAGAAAAUCAUCAAACAGGCCAAACACAUCUUCCUACGCAGCAGGACGGCGCGGACCAUUGACAGCCUGGCCAGCCGCAUAGAGGACCCUCAGAUUCAAGCUCACUGGUCCAAUAUCAAUGAUGUGUUCGAGUCCAGCGUCAAGGUGCUCAUCACCUCUCAGGGCUACGAGCAGAUCUGCAAGUCCAUUCAGCUGCAGCUGAACAUCGGGGUGGAGCAGAUCAGGGUGGUGCACAGAGAUGGUCGUGUCGUAACGCUGUCACAUCAGGAACAGGAACUGCAGGACUUUCUCCUCUCGCAGAUGUCGCAGCAUCAGGUGCACGCAGUCCAGCAGCUGGCCAAAGUGAUGGGCUGGCAUGUCCUGAGCUUCAGUAACCAUGUGGGCCUGGGCCCAGUGGAGAGCAUCGGGAAUGCCUCCGCCGUCACAGUCGCCUCUCCCAAUGGAGAGUAUGCCAUCUCGGUGCGUAACGGCCCAGAGAGUGGGUGCAAAGUCCUUGUCCAGUUUCCCCGUAGCCAGACAAAAGAGCUGCCGAAGAGCGACGUCAUCCAGGACGCCAAGUGGAGCCACCUCAGGGGCCCGAGCAAAGAGGUCCACUGGAGCAAGAUGGAGGGACGAAACUUUGUCUACAAGAUGGAGCUCCUCAUGGCCGCGCUGACUCCGUGUCCGUAGAUCCGGCCAGUCCGCGGACUCCUUACCCAGCACGCACAAAGCUGGGUUUUGUUUCCAGCUGAGCGGCCAUGAACUGGACAACUCAUUUUUAUUUUUUUUAUGGUGAAAUAUUUGUACACGGCUUUCCAUGACAAAGGCUUUGUUGUUGAAUGUUACGUUUCCAUCCUUCACACCUUUUUUCAUACACAUAGACUUUUUUUUAAUACUGCCAUAGCCCCCCUUUUCCACUUCCAUUAGUGUGUCUAUUGCAUGCUGUGACAAUGAAAUGCAAUUUCAUACAAAAUAAAACAUUACGUCUGUAUGUAUUCAU